AGCAGCAGGUCAUAGAGCACAGUUAUUUUAAAACCAAUACUCAACUAUCUACGACAGGAACAUGGAGGUAGCAGCGAACGGAGAGUUGACAGAAAUACUCGUCGCUUUGAAAGAUACAGAGUAAAAUGAGGGAACGCCACUAUGCUCGUUUAAUGUGUACUGUUGUUCGGCUGCUUGUGCGUCUCCAAUGUCUCUGCCCGUAGUUCUGCCUGGAUCUUGUUGUCGUUUAUCGGGGGCGGCGCUGGCCCAUCAGUUUGCAGACGCAUCUUACAGAAGUCGUAGCCGCUGUGUGUCCGUCCUGCCAUCAUCCCGUAUGUCUGGAUCUCAGACGCGGAUCAUGCCGGCGCUGCUGCCCGCUCGCCCUCUGCUCUCGCUCGGCUUGCUGCAGCUGGUUCUCGGCUGCUCCAUGGUGGCGCUCUCUUUCGGGGCUCUGUCCCUUAGCAACUCGCCCCCUAUUAGAAACUCCUGUCCGUUUUGGGCCGGAUCUUCUGUCAUCCUAUCUGGGAUUAUAGGGCUGACCACAUGGAAACGUCCAAUGCUUUUGUUGGUAAAUCUGUUUGUAUUGCUGUCAGUGGUCUGCAUCCUGCUAAACCUGGCAGGGUUCAUCCUGUGCUGUCAGGGGGCUCAGUUGGUUUCCAGUACCAUUAACUGUCAACUGAGUGAACAAGGUGAUCUCUGUUACUGUUGUGCUGAGACUCCAAGCAGUCAGUGCCAAGAAGAGAAGUUGGUAAAGAUCUAUGCUGGCCACGCAUGUGGCACAAUGAGAAUCCUGCUCAAGAAAGUGCUUUUUGCAUUGUGUGCACUCAAUGCUCUGGCCACAGCUGUGUGUCUGGUUGCUGCUGCGCUCAGAUAUCUCCAGAUCUUCUCAACCCGACGGCCCUGCAUGGAAGAGGCCCGGCCAGUUCAAGAGGAAGUAGCGGAGCAGACUCAUCUUCCUGACCCUGACGAGUUUGUUGCCCCUGCACCUCCUCCUUCAUACUUUUCCACUUUCUACUCUUACACCCCACGUCUGGCUCGCAGGAUGUUUGCUGACAGUAUGAUUCCUCUUCCUCAUAUAUAUGGUGCCAGGAUUAAAGGAGUGGAGGUCUUCUGUCCUUUAGAUCCUCCUCCACCUUAUGAAGCUGUAGCUUCACAGCCAACAGCACAGGCCCAGAACACAGAGGUGCAAAUUACUGAUCUGACUGAGGUUCUCACAGAGUGCACAGAAACCGAGACAGAGACACCCAUCGACCAAGAAAGGUGCUGUCAGACCACCACACUGAGCCCCACACCGCCUAUACAGUCCAGACAGCCUCACACUGCAGUUCCCUCCAGCAGAAGACCCCAAAGACCCCGUCUCCGCAGGUCCAACAGCGAUCCUGUCCUACUAGACCUGAAUGCCCAAGUAAUGAGUUGUGAAGCAGCUACACAGACAGAGUUAGGCCCUGGCCUAGCUCCUGGAUCAGUAACUGGGACAGAGCAAGAGAAGGUUACGUUACGACUAGGACGUGGCAAACGGAAGCCACGCCCAAACUCCCUGGUGGACUACCAGAGCUACAGAGACACAAAACUGCUGGUGGCUCGUUUUCUGGAGCAGUCUUCUUGCAGCUUGACUCCUGAGGUCCAGGAGCUGGUCAACAGCAUUAAAACUGUGCUGCGCUCUGAUGAGGAACACAUGGAGGAGGCCGUUCGCUGUGCCAGCUUCAUUGACCAGGCCAUCACUGUUUCAGAGGUUGCACCAGUGCAACCAACCCUUGACAGGGAGACACAGAUGGAGCCCACCUCCAAUACGCUGCCUCUGCGCAAGCGGCCAGGCAUCCUUCACCUGCGCAGCUGUGGGGAUCUCAGUUCAUUUACAUGGGCAGUGCCAGAGCGCAGACCUGGAACCCACACAGCCUCCUAUUCUCGAACAAACUCAAGGAUGGGCUCUCGGGCAGGAUCCCGACGCCUGGAACAGGAGCGGCCACACAGCCUUAUAGGAAUCUUCAGAGAAACUGUCCUCUGAGUCACAGAAUGUCUCACACAGACUGUAUUAGAGUGGAAGGGGGAUGAAAUGGACUGUGCCCCACCUUGAUGCAGGUAUAGUGAACACAACAACAGAAUCUAAGCUUUGUAUGCAGUACAAUCAAUUUUACCCAAAAAUGAAAAUGUAUGUCAUUUAUGAGUACACUGUUCCUUUAAUUUCUAAAGCACGUCUGUUUGUGGUGUCAGCAUGUAUAAUUUUCAAUUUAUACAUUUUUCAUGUAGCUGUGGUGUGUGAGAAUUCCAGCAUUUACUGUUGAAUAAAAACACUGGAAAAUAAAACUAGUUUUAUUAACCAAAUUUCCAAGUUAUUUAUUAAAGUGACAUUUUAAAAUGGACUAUGUAAAUACAAUAUUAACAACCAUUAUAUACUGUAUAAUAUAUAUAUAUAUAUAUAGUCACCUAUCUUUUGGCUAAAAAUGUAUGGCUUUAUUCGCCCUGGUGUGCUAAGAAGGAAUACGGAUCGCUGAUUAAAUCAGCAUAUUGUGAGAAUUUGUUUCAUUUUUUACUUUCUCCUGACUGUGUCCUUCAAAUGUCUUUUUUGCAUUAUUGAAAUGGCUCAUCUGCCAUCUUGUGAUUACAAGAACUCACCCAAGAUUAAACUGCCUUUUUGUAAAAAAGUGGCACAAUUUUCAACCGACAAUUAUGAAUGAAAGUGCAGAAUAAACAGUUUUCUAACAAAAUCUUUAAACUUUUAAGUGUUUAAUUAUAUAUCCUUGCAUAUUAUACAGUAUAGCAGAUUGUCUGUUGUUGUGGGCGAGUACACAACAGCAGCAGUUUUGAAUGUGAUGAUGUGAUGGACAGGAACUUAGAAGAGAUUCAUGCUGACAUUUGCUGUGUGUGGCAUUAAAGAGGCAAUCUAGGUUUGUACACUCUCAGUAGAUAAUUUAAUGUUGUAAAUACUGUUACAAACAUUCCUGCUAUGGUAAAGAAAUGUGUCUAAAUAGUUGAAUCACAGAAAAGCUAGCAAAUAAAUAAACAUUGCUGUUGCUUUACAGAAAGUGUGUAUUUUUGCUUCAGACAUUGACAAACAUAUAACUGCAAUUACAUUCAGAGCAAGUGCAUUAUAUAAAUACUAGUCAAGCCCACAAUUUCUUUCCUACUAUAAAACGAACCACAAGCUUUGCUGAGGCCUUUUUAAUUCUACAGUCUUGAGGUGGGAAUCUCCAUUUAAUCCAUCCUAUACUUGGCACACCUUGUUUUACAUAUUUACAUUGAUAUUCGUACUUGAUGUCAUAUUAAUAAAACAUUAAGAUUAACAUUAUCUCUCAUUAAAGCUUGCAAAUGAUUCUGAGUUGGACCGAGAAUGCCCUGUACUUUUCAGUGCAGAAGUCUGGGACACAAGUUAUUUUAGGUUUGAUGCAUUGGUCUUACAGCUCAAAAAGCUUUAAGAUGUCUUAACCUUUCAGAUGUGAUUAGUAUAGUUUUAUUUAUAGUUUGCAGAGAUUUCUGACUAAUGAUUUUUUUUAAAGUUAUUUACAAUAAAUGUAUGGGAAAUCACCAUGGCGAUUGCAAACCAAUUACACAAUGGCAAAAAUUGCAGUAUUAUUCAGCCUUCAGAAUUUAUUCAAGAAUGCACAAUGACCCUUUAAAGAAAUAUAAGUAAAUAUUAAAUACUAGGACAACAGGUGUCAAAGACUUUUGCACAAUUUACCUUCAUUUUUGUUCACAUGGUAUAUACUCAAUGGAUAUACAGUAUAUAUUAUGCUAUAUGUAAAUAAAUAUAUAUGAUGAAAGUGUCUAGCUGGUUUUUAUUUUAUAAUGGAAUCAUUUGUAAUCACACUUCACACUCACUACAAGAAUAAAUAGCAAUGCAUACCAAAAGACCAUGCUUCACAUAAAGCAAAAACAAACUGAAACAUGAGUCGCUCUAUGUGUGUUAAUGACUUUUGUUUCAAUUAGUAAAAUAAUACAGUGUUAAUGACGUCUGAUUGUGAUUCAGGGGUAAAACUCACCAUUUAAUGCAACGUGUAUUUUAAGAAGUACCUUUACUUAGAGGCAAGGGGUAAUCUCUCAAAGAGCCAUAAUCCCGUCAAUACAUAGCAAUAAAAUUGAUCACAAUAUUUCUUUUAGAUUUAACACUGCAGUAAUGUCAACAUAUUGUGACCAUCUAUAUUGCUGUAUCGUUUGUCUGGUGACAAAAGGUGCAUGUGUGGUAUUCCAGGCAGCACACGCACAAGCGCAAGUACACUUGAUGGUAAAAUGGGGCAAGGUGAAUUUUCUUUUUUUGCACCAAGCUUCUUGUAAAACAUUUUCUGUUCCUCAGAUCUCUUUAGAUACAAAAAUCACAUUUAUAAUGUAAUAUUUACCUAAUAUUACAAUCUAAUAUGCAGAAAUGGAGAUGUGCCAAAGCAUGCUUUGGGUCAAACAUUGAUCAGUUCUUGCACAAACAACUAUGCUAUCAAGUGCCUGGCUGCAGUCUUUAUAAUGAAGUCUGGCUUGCACUGGUUCACAUUGAAGUACUCUCUUAAAAACAGUAUAAUGGAUCAGUACUCAAAGUGGAGAUAUACACCUAAAUCUCCUAGGAAUCCACCUCAAUGCAGUAGACUGAGAGUUAAUACAGUUUUGUGAAGACACAUUCUGUUCUUAAACAAUGAGUGGAAAAUUAGCACACAUGAAUGAAACAUUGAGUUGAUUAAAAAAAAAGACUGCAAACGAGGUAAAAAAGAAAGAUAAAUCAUUUGAUUCCAGAAUGAAAUUCAAGUCCAUCCUGAAAGUGUUAAAAGAUUUAUAUCCCCUUAUGUUUCUUCACAUAAUGUUUUUCAAGUAUGAUUUUUUUCAAAUAAAAUGCUACCAAUAUGAGCAUAUUGAAUUUGCAAAAUUAUUUCAUAUACAGAUGAUUAUUAAGACAAAAAAGUUUUCUCUGCAUAUAAAAUGGAAUGCAGUCGUUUACAACAAAUAAAAUAUUGCACGUCGAUGUCAAACAAUAGUUUGAAAAAAAGCAGUAAUACAGAGCAAACAUGAUGGUUCAUUUUUAGGAUGCUUCUGACUCUAAUAAGUGGUUUUGUUUUGAUUUAAAGAGGUUCACUUGUUAAGCCUAAAAAGUUCCUAACAGUGUUCCAUGCAAGGGAAGUGAAUUAUUCUGAGAUCUUCACUCACUCCAAAAGUUAAUUUCAGCAUUUUUAAGACUGAAAAAUCCCAAAUCUUUCAAAAUAUGGCAUCAUCAUUCUGUAAGGCAUUUUAUACACAUUUUAUAUGUGCUAUAUACUAUUCAUAGACUCCUUGAUAAACUAUAUGAAUAUUGCAAUUGUGUAUUUGCAUGGAAAAGGACAAUUUAACAUUUUGACAGGAACUGCUCUUAAAGGAAUAUUCCAGGUUCAAUACAAGUUUAGCUCAAUCGACAGCAUUUGUGGAAUAAUGUUGAUUUCCACACAAAUUUAUUUAGACUCAUGCCUUCUUUUACUUUAAAAAAAGCAAACAUCAAGGUUAUAGUCAGGCACUUACAAUGACAGUGAAUGAGGCCAACCUUUUGGAAGGUUUAAAGGCUGAAAUGUGACGCUUAUAAUUGUAUAAUUAUAUAAAAUGUACAUUAAUUCUUCUGUUAAACAUGUAUUAGUUUUUUGUUUAAACUGUAAUUGUUACAGUCGUUUUAGGGUUUGUUUACAUUGCAUCGUCAUAGUAACAAAGUUGUAAAAUUGGCUAUAACUUCACACAGAAAAGGUUUGUAAGUGAUUUUAUCACACCAAAAUCAUGUUUACACACAUAUAAUUUAUGUAUUGCGGCUAUACUUUUGAAACGGCGAGUGUUUUGACGUUCUCACUGUUUGAAGCCUCACUGUUACCCAGAUUUGUGCUUUUUGAAGAAAAAUUUCUUUUUGUAGUAAUCAGUAUCAUGCCAAAAAUGCUGUCGAUUGAGCUUAACGUGUAUUGAACCCGGAAUAUUCCUUUAAGAUACAUUUUUCCAGGACAAAGAUGACUAAUUGUUUGGUCACUGUCUUCACUAAUGUCUUAUAGGAAUAUAUUCAGAAGCUUCUAGACAUGUUUUAAUUUUAGACAUUUUGCCAUCCAUCCAGAUGCAUUGUCAGUCAUUUAGAGAAUAGAGGUUGCCCAUCAUUUAUAGUUACAAGUUGAUGGGUUUGAAAUGUACCUCAAAUUGGUUCACCCCAAUUCAUGAUUAACAUGAUCAGAUCAACAGAGUGAUGACCAAAGCCCUUCUAAUGGAGUAGGCUAAAAUGUUAGCAUAGAUUAGCAUAAGCAGCCUUUCUGUGGCAGUGCACUGGCGAGGAGACAAGAGGGAUGAGAUGCUUCACCACACUGAAUAAACUGCUUUUGUGAGGAAACAGCUCAUCACUUAAUGAAUUAACCACCUGUCUGCUAAUCUUCAACAUGUUUUACGUUAAAAAAUCCUUUUGGAGUGAACUAUGUGUGGAUUUGAUAAAUAUUUGAUACUAUGAUAAAAUUGCUGUUUUAUAAGAGAAGUCACAGACGAUUUUACGACUGGAAGGUGUCCGUUUACGGCUCACUCCAUUCAUUGGUAUAGCAUCAGCAAACUGUAGUAAAAUGCUAGUUGACCAUUACUGCUGUUACGCUCUCUUGCUCUCUGGGUAAUGACAUUGCAGUACACUGUAAAAACCUGCAACAAUAAUCGAAUUUUUUGAAGCAUAUUUACGCUAAACACAUUUUUUUUCAAUGUAUGUGAUGAAUUUAAACACCGCAAAAUCAGCACCCUCCUUCAAAUAAUGAAGGUAUCCUACUUGAAUGAUUGACACACUUUCUUUAAUUAUGGAAAAUCAUGUCAAGAUGCUCCUCGGAAUACAUUUCUACAAGGCAUUCUGCCAUGUCCUGGAUGACUGACAAUCUCCAUAAGCAUAUUUUCGUUCUCCAUAUUUCUCAGACUAACAGCUGCCCUUAAAAAUUACAGUCGAAUCAAAAACACCUGAUGUAUUCAAACAAAUAACAGCAAAAAAGAAUUAAAUGGUAAGGCAAACAUUUUACACAUCUAUUGAUCACCACUCACUAAAUCACAGCUGUCCUUUUUUAUCACUCAUAAAACCGUUGUGUUAAUAGAGGGCGAGUAGGAAUUUGGUUUUAAUAGGUAUUUUGAAGGACACCAUUUUCACUCUCUCUCUCUGUUUCCUUCCACCAUGUCCUUCACUUUCACCGACCAAGCUGAGUGCACACAGAGAGAGGUAUUACACAGCACAGCAUACUCACUCACAGUAACAGAAAAGAGUAGAGAUGAAGAGAUCAGGGGAGGCAGUGAAGCUUCAUAGAGAGCCGUGUGUAGCUGAGCUUCAGUGGAUUCAAUCACAGCAGUCCACAGGGCUGAGAGUUUCACAUCAACAUUAAGGUUAUAUCUGGUGA